AUAUAAAAACCCAUGAUAAAUCUAGGUAAAUCACAGAAUUCAUCUGAAAGUCUCCGUAGUAACAUGGCUCUGGUUCACUGUAGUAUUAUCGCCUUCAGCAUUCUCACCACAUAUACCCUUAGUGCUACCAUCCCAACAACACAGAAUCCCAUCUGCAUUCCUGAUCAUGAUUGUGGAAGGCCCACAUGCACCCGUGAAGAUGAGAUUAGAAUUUGGCGUAACAAUUGGGAUCCAACAAGGUUGUGGAAUUGUACUGAGCUUAAUAAACCUGCAGAGGAAGUGAAGUGUCCAGAUCAAACAGCUUUCGAUGGAGUCGAAUGCGUUCCAUGGGUUCUUUGGGAAUGGACACCUGCAUGCCAGCCACCCACAACGGAUUCGUGUAGAAAUGAAACUACUACGACUACACCUCAAGCAACGACGACCACUACAACACCAACUACAACAACUGAACCAACGACUCCUACUACAACAACAGAAGCAACGACACCUACUACAAGUGAACCAACGACACCUACUACGACAACAGAGCCAACAACGCCUACAACAACAACCGAACCAACGACACCUACUACGACAACUGAGACAACAACGCCUACAACAACAACCGAACCAACGACACCUACUACAACUACAGAGCCAACAGCGCCUACAACAACAACCGAACCAACGACACCUACUACGACAACUGAGCCAACAACGCCUACAACAACAACCGAACCAACGACACCUACUACAACUACAGAGCCAACGACAACAACCGAACCAACGACUCCUACAACAACGACCGAAUCAACUACACCAACUACAAGUGGACCAACAACACCUACUACAAUCGAACCAACGACACCAACUACCACAGCAGAACCAACGACGCCUAGCGUAACGACCGAGUCAGUUUAAUUCACAACAACGAUCCUAUCAUCGAACCUUUCUACGACGAUCAAAUCAACGAAACGACUGAGCUUAUUUCACUUCCUACUACCACAACAUUGGCAACUACGCUAACGACCCUUUAAAAUCAUAUCUUUUUUAGAAUCUCCAACACUGUUUAAUUAUAAAAACAAACGAAUCUUUCUCAAUCUAUAUAUACUGCAAAUUUAAUGCAAUAAAAUAACUUUUGCAAGCACAAAAA